UACGGGGAGGUAUACAGAUAGAGAGGGAGAGCUCACAGCUGAUUUCCUGCAACAUCUAGAUGUACGACGGACCAGAACACCGCUCAGCUACCACCGACAACUUUUCCAUUACCGCGUGAGGAGGAGCUCGUGGGCAUACAGUGGAUCUGCGACAGUAAGCUGGUGUCCUGACUGACCUGAUACACCGAUACAACUGCCGUGUUGCGGUUUAUUUAACAGAGCGAUUUGACAGAGCCGAGCUUCAUUUAAAUACGCACUAAAAUAGUAACUUCUAAAAAAAAAAACAGGAACACAGCAGGAAGCGGCUGAGUCAACGGAGCGCGGAUAUUUUUUUUUUUACCACAUUGUAACAGUAUUAAUCGUUAAACAAAGGGAACAGAAAGACCGCAGGGAUGUUGAGAGACUCCACUUCUCCGGUUGUGGAGCGGCCUGCGCUGGAGGACGUGGCCGAGGAGGAGGACGUAUUCACCGCGGAGGGAAGCAAGAGCACGCUGGGGCUCGGCAGCUGUCAGGUGCCAGGAGAGAAGAAGGUGGAGGGGACAGAGGAGGAGGACGGCCAGCUGUCUCAGAUGGAGGCAGAGUUUGUCCAGCUGACCUUCAGGAAGCAGGUGUCCUACAGUCUUCUCCUCGCCCCCCCCAGUCUGUGUGGAGGACGAGAAGGAGGUGCUGAGCGGCUGCUCAAAGUCUUUCACUGGACUCAAGCUCUUCACCAGGAGCAUUCUAAAGGACGAUUGGAGAGAAGGAGAGAAGCUGGACUAGUGGGUGACCAGCAGAGGCUGGACUAUCAUCUUAUGCUGGCUUUUGGUGAUAUGAUGGAUUUCUUCUUCCAACGUCAUUUCCGCCGUCUCCAAAAAAGAAAGAAGCAUCCCACUGCAGUGCGUCCUGGUCCUGCUGUUCAGACCAGUAAAGCUAGGAGACGCUCUAGUGCUGGUUUGCCCUCUGUAGCAUUAGUACAGUCCAGGCGCUCCUCCGUUGGUUUACCUCCAGUUUGUACUGACCAGCGCAGACGCCCGAGUGUUGGCUUACUGGUGGCCAGUGGACAGAAGCGACAGUCCAUUAUAGAGCUAGGAUUAACAAACACAAGUGAAGUAGUUGGAGAAUCAGGAAGAGGAGCUGAGAAAGCAGAUGUAGCCAUCAAGAGAGGAAGAAGAGGAUUUCAGUAUAAACCUCACCAUGCUCGUGGCGCCUCACCCUGCGUACAUCGUGGGCUGGCGGUGCGAUAUCGACGUCCUUCAAAAGUUAAAUCAAUUGAACCUCAUUUACUUGGAUCCUCUAUGUUACUUGCGAGUUUAGUCCAGAUGGGCAGAGGAGUUAAAGAGAAUGAAGGGGAAGAGGAGGAACAAGAUGACUCCCUCUGUUCCUGUUCUGAGUCAGAUGGAGAGGAAGCGAGUGACGAAGAAGUAGAGAACAGAACUAGAGGAAUAAAAGAUGUAAGCUUCAGGCCCACAGCUCAGAUGCACUCAACCCAGGCAGUCAUUAUAAAAAACAUUUCACCCCGCCCCUUGCUCCGCCCCCCACGCUGUCUGAGACGAAACUCCUCCCACCUCCUUCCAGCAGACUCUGUGUUUCGGAGCAGUGAAACAGGUUAUGGAGUUUAUGGUCGAUAUAAUCGAAGAAGGUCAAGUCAAGUUCACUGGACUUUAAAUAAGUCGAUCCAGACUUCCACAACCAGCCCCAGUCUGGGUCAGCUGGCCUCAGCAGGUCUGAGCUCCGAGCUUGGGGCUGUGGAAACAGAUGUGGCCUCCUCUGGGUCUACACUCCAUAAAAGUUGUUCUUCACCGCUGGGGGGACCAGAGGGAACCAUAUACUAUGAUCCUUACCUGGAUACAUGGGAGAACUUCCUAUCGAAAGCAAUUGCCAAGUCUGGCCUGCACCAUCUGCCAUGUCAGCCCAGUACAUCAUCUCUGACCGACCCAGAAGCAAACAUCCGCAGUACUGUGGACUGGACUGAGUCAGCUCUAUAUGGAGAUCAUAUCUGGUUUGAGACCAACGUGUCUGGUGACUACUGUUAUGUGGGAGAACAACACUGUAUUGCCAGAGCACUGCAAAAAUCUGUCAGUCGAAGGAAGUGUGCUGCCUGUAAAAUAGUCGCCCACACCAUCUGUAUCGAACAACUGGAAAAGUUCCCCAGUUCUAGAGCCAUUCUGCUGGAUGCCACCCUGCCCCUCAAUGACCCCAACUUUAGAAUUAAUUUCAGGUGUAAACCGUCUUUCAGAGAAGCAGGCUCUAGGAACAUUCGAGAGCCCAUUGUUGUGCGUCAUCACUGGGUGCAUCGGAGACGGCAAGAAGGCAAAUGCAAACAAUGUGGGAAGGGCUUUCAGCAGAAGUUUGCUUUCCACAGUAAAGAGAUUGUGGCCAUCAGCUGCUCCUGGUGCAAACAGGCUUACCACAACAAGGUGUCUUGCUUCAUGCUGCAGCAAAUUGAGGAGGCUUGUCCAAUAGGAGCUCACGCUGCCCUUAUAGUUCCACCCACAUGGAUCAUUCGGGUCCGACGCCAUCAGUCAUCUUUGAAGUCAAGUAAGAAAAAGAAGAGAACAUCGUUCAAGAGGAAAAGCAGCAAGAAAGGAGCAGAGGAAGGACGUCAGUGGAAGCCGUUUAUAAUCCGACCCAUCCCUUCACCACUGAUGAAACCACUACUGGUUUUUGUCAACCCAAAGAGCGGAGGAAACCAGGGCACAAAGAUACUGCAGUCCUUCAUGUGGUAUCUGAACCCCAGACAGGUGUUUGACCUGAGCCAAGGAGGACCAAAGGAGGGCCUGGAGUUGUAUCGUAAAGUCCAUAACUUGAGGAUUCUAGCCUGUGGAGGAGACGGCACUGUGGGCUGGAUCCUGUCUUGUCUUGAUGAACUGGCAUUACACCCUCAACCUCCUGUUGCUGUGUUACCACUUGGGACAGGCAAUGACCUCGCCAGGACCCUCAACUGGGGAGGGGGCUAUACAGAUGAACCUCUGUCUAAGAUCCUGUCCCAUGUUGAGGAUGGAACUGUUGUCCAGCUAGACAGAUGGAAUCUACAGGUUGAACCAAACCCCAAUGCAGGGGCUGAACCGGAUGAACAACAAACUGAUAAGCUUCCUCUAGAUGUUUUCAACAAUUACUUCAGUCUUGGAUUUGAUGCCCAUGUGACUCUCGAGUUCCACGAGUCAAGAGAGGCCAACCCAGAGAAGUUUAACAGUCGUUUUAGGAAUAAGAUGUUCUAUGCUGGGACAGCAUUUUCAGAUUUCCUGAUGGGAAGCUCCAAAGACCUGUCUAAGCACAUCAAAGUGGUGUGUGACGGGACAGAUUUAACAUCAAAGGUUCAGGACUUGAAGCUGCAGUGUCUGGUCUUCCUCAACAUCCCCAGGUAUUGUGCAGGCACUACACCUUGGGGAAACCCCAGUGAACAUCACGACUUUGAACCUCAGCGCCAUGAUGAUGGAUACAUUGAGGUCAUUGGAUUCACUAUGACUUCACUGGCUACUCUUCAGGUCGGAGGUCAUGGUGAGAGGUUGAACCAGUGCAGAGAAGUCACCCUCACCACUACCAAACCUCUCCCAGUACAGGUGGAUGGUGAACCAUGCAGACUUGCUCCUUCUGUCAUCCACAUCAGCCUCAGAAACCAGGCAAACUUGGUUCAAAAGACCAAACGACGGACCUCACUACCACACCUCAAUGAUCAGCAGCCAGUUCCAGAGAGGCUGAGGAUCAGGGUCAGCAGGAUCAGCAUGACUGACUAUGAGGCUCUGCACUAUGACAAGGAUAAGCUACGACAAGCAUCCAUUCCACUGGGACUGAUUGUGGUUCCUGGUGACAGCGACUUAGAAACCUGCAGAGAACACAUCCAGCGUUUGCAAGAGGACUUCUGCUCUGUCCAUCACUCCUUCAAAUGCAUGGGAACCCAGGAGGAGGCCGCCAAGAUUCUUUCCUCGCAAAGAUUAUCUCCAAAGUGGUGUUUCCUUGACUCUACAACAGCAGAUCGUUUCUAUAGGAUAGACAGAGCACAGGAACAUCUCAACUACGUAUCAGAAAUUUCCCAGGAGGAGAUCUUCAUCCUGGACCCUGAACUGGUUGUUAUGACAACGGUUGGCACCUCCCCGUCAGCCAUGCCAGACUUGGUUAACCCUGCCUCCAGCCUGGUAAACAGCAGUUCUUCCCAGAGGCAGAGAAUGAACAGUGACAGCUCUGCAACUGAAGCUUUAACAAACAACUCAACACCUGUGGUCAGCAAACUCACCAGGGCGGGUUGCAUUCAUCGUUCCAACACCACUGCUGCUGAUUUUAAACCAAAACUGAGACAGGAUAAGAGCCAAAAGAAGAGUGAAACAGAGAGGGAGAAAGAAAAAGAGAUGUUGACUGAGUGUGUAAAGAACAAGGAUGUUAAGAAGGUGCAGGAGCUGCACCUGAAGGGAGCAGACCUCACAACGCUGGACUUAUCAGGCUGCAGUUUACUGCACCAUGCUGUCAAUACAGGAAGUAAAGAGAUGGUCCGCUAUAUCUUGGACAAUGCUCCAAGUGACCUGCUUGAUGUCACAGAAAAACUACAUGGGGAGACGGUUCUUCAUCGAGCUGCAUCUCUGUGUCACAGAACCAUCUGUCAUUAUCUGGUAGAAGCUGGAGCCUCCCUGAUGAAAACAGACCUACAGGGUGAUACUCCUAAGAACAGGGCUGAGAAGGCUCAUGAUGCUGAACUGGCGGCCUAUCUGGAGAACAGACAGCAUUACCAGAUGAUACAGAGAGAGGACCAGGAAACGGCUGUCUGAAACUGUUGAACUCUUUAUGAACAUCUUUGUGAGACUGGAACACGAAUUCCAGUUUACUGCUAUUAAGUCCUUCCUUGAAAGCACAGAGUGCAGACUGAGAGUGAACCUGUGCCAAAUCGGAUCUCCACAUGCAUUUAAUACUGAUUAUGUGAUAUAAUGAUGGUAAUGACAGUUAUAUGGAUUAAAUGGAUUGAGAUUUAUGUUAAUGUGGGUUAAGAUAUACGGUAAAAUUAUGAGAUUUUUUCAUUUUGAGUAGCCCAGUUAUAAUAAUAAUGUUAGUAAAGUCAAUAUAAUAUAGAAGCUUUGGGAUGAUUGGAACCUUGUUUCUGAGUUUGAAUAGUAAUUUGGGGAGUCAUUUUUGACUGACUUGUUCUCAAAAUGCUUUCAUAUCAAACUAAUUCAAAGGACUUACUAAAAUGUAUUCUUCUUUUGUGGGUUCAUUCAGUAUCAGAGAGUAAAUAGAGUCUGCAGACUUUAAUGUUAAUGUUGUUUGAAAAACUCAGGAAAGGUAGUUCAUUGCAUACAACCAUGGAUUAAAAUCAAACGAGAUUAAAACUGUAAACCCUUUAGAGGUUGCAAUAUUACUAAAACGUAAGAUGUUAAAUUUUUCUUUGGGGUGAGGUUAUGAAACAUAUUGUGUGAGCCAUGAUAACAUUUUGGCUUGAAGAUGGCGCUUGAUUGAAGUUUAUUGAAUAUCCAACAAGGGUAAACUUCUGGGGAGAAAUAUAAGCCCAGUGGGGAAAGAAACAAAUGGAAAGGUAAAAAGGGGUUAAAACCAUUAGGAUGCAUCCUGUUGGGACCAUGAAGAUCCACAGUUAAGUUUAAAGCUUUAGCUUUUGAAAUAUUUUGUCAUGAACCGAAGUUAAAAAUUUGGCAUGAUGGUGAGAAUGUCAGGGGAUUCUGAAAUCAUAAGGUAGAGUUGAGCUAUAUGUUAAAAUUUUCCAACUGGCCACCAUCAGCAGCCUGUUAGCUUUAAUAUAUUCACAAAAUGUCAUGAGAGGAAAUACCUUUUUUCUUUUUUAAACAGAAAAAUACAACCGUACACCUUCUCAAUUCAAGUCUCUCUUUUACCAAACUAAGACUAGUCAAACACUUUUUUUAAUCUUGAGAGGAACAGAAUAAAACUUACCUAAAGCGUCUUGGUUAGUCUUUCAAUCACCAACUCUGGUGUCUAACCCUCUAAACCAAUUAGAUGUGAAAAUAUUCUGGCUGUCCACGCUGCCCCUCGACUUUGCACUCACUCCUCUCCCAUUUGACGCCUCUACUGUUCCUGCCAUGUCUUUGUCAUGCCGGGAGUGAUAGAGCGAUGGACUCCAUUCACCAAUAACAUAUUUUUCCAGUUACCCAACACUGUCAUAUGGACUCUACUCAACCAUUCACAAAUAACUGAUAUAUUUUUUGAGUUGUUUAGACCAAAGUGUUGACCAGACAGUGGUUCCCCUGUUUGUUAGUUGGAAUGAAGCUCUGGGAUUAUUUCACUGAGCAGAAAUGACACGAUCACUUAUGCUGUGAACCUGCUGUACUUCUUUAAAACAUUUUGAUUGAAUAUCUCACCCAUACAACUUUAUCAAUAUGUUGUAUUUUCUUGACUUAUAUCAACAUGUUCUAGAGAUGAUUACUAUUUAUAUAAAUAUAUGAUGGAAAUAAUCCAAGUGAUGUUUUUAUUGUGCCUGUACUGAAGGAUUGAAUGUCUAAGAUGAAUUUCUGAACUCCAUUUAAGCAUCCAAAAUCCAAUCAAUCAAAACAUUGUAUCAAAUACAAGCAAUAUUAAAAUCCUUUGUCUGCAGGAGGAUUUAACUUGGAAGUCAUGUUCAUAUGUGCUCUGGCAGAUUGGCACAUUCCAUUUCCUUUUUGUUUUUUUUAAACUGACAAAAACCCUAAUGUGAUUACUCAACUUUCUUUUUCUUUUUGUGACUGUGGGUUAGGGGAAUGCUAUUAGAGUACAAAAAUAAAAUUAGAUCAAAUGCGUGUCUGUGUACUUUAGAUUAGAAAAAGAAAAUCAAAUGUUCAUAUUUAAUUAGUUUGGUAAGUUAUCUAAAAUCAAGUCUCAAAUCAUAUGUGAUUAUUAUAUUUAGUUUGUGCCAAAUUUAAAAGCUUGUUUACAUUUAAAGUUAAAUUAUGAUUUUAAAUCUAAUGUGAAAAUGAAACUCUGACACCACCAAUGGGAGGAUAACCUUUAUUGUCACACCCACCUUCCAUUACAUCUGGCUCCAUUACCUGCUUAGAGAGGUGUAGUAUGAAGGAAGUUGUAUAUAGCCGGGCUUUGUUUGCCUUAGCUGGCUUGCUAAACCUACAAUCCCGGUCAGAGAUCGCUUUUCCUCUCGAGCUUUGUGCGCGUUCCCAUAAAAGCGGACAUUUAAUGUUUUAUUUGACUCUUCUGCACAGAAUGGACUAAUUGGUUGCCACCUACUUCCUUAUAUGGAGAGCUAUGAAGAACAACAUUCUAAAAAAUUAUUACAAUAAGCAACAUUGUAUGGCAAGAGAGUAACAGUGGUAGAAAAUUGAUAAUCUACUUAACCCACUCUCAAUGCCUACAUUACAACUGCAUAUUGUAGAGCUUGAUACAGUAUAUUUAAACAUUAUAUUUUGACACUGUCCCAUAAUGAAGGAUAUGUUGAAAACCCUGUUUUUGGCUAAAUCAAGUGAAAUGUAGUUUAUUGAUUCAAUAUUAUUUGUGAUAAAUGUUAAAAGACUUGGGGAGAUGUUUCAGAUACAAACACAACAAAGCCUGCAGCUUUACCUCAGUCUUUAAUUCAGAAAAACUGCAUGCAUUUUGGCAAUUCUGCUGUAUUUCUGCUUGUAAUGGCAGGUCACAUAUUCAGACAUAACUGAUUUACACCAGUUUUCCAAAGACCUUUUAAAAUGAAUAUUGCAUCACUGAACAAAAAAUCCAGUUCAUUCUCGUGUAUCGUCAUCCUGCAAGUUGUACGAAUACACAGAGCUCUGAACUAGGAGUGCCCUGCUGAACCUUUUUUCCGUGUCAGUUCUUUUGAGGCACAUGAUUCUGAGAUGCAAAAUGAAGAUCUGCACACUGCUUUGAUGAAACAAAAUACUGUGCAACAUGUGAGCUAACCUCCAACCUAUUUUCAAACAUAGCUGAGUAUCUGUACACCAGGAUUCUUGAGGGUUUGAUGAUUUCUGUCUAAACUUUUUACAAGAAAUUAAUAAAAUAUACUCUGCCUUUGACCUCAACACUGCAGCUGCUCAAAUAAUUGGAAACUCUCAAACUAGCUUCACUGACUUUUUAUUUUAAUUUAUUUUGCCUGUGAAUUUUAGAAUUUGAAAUGUGUUGGUGUCUUCAGAUUAGCUUUGCAUUGACAAACUGUUGCAUGUACUGCAUUGCAGUAAUGUAUUGCAGGUUAUAUGUUAUCUUUUUUAAUUUACAUCUGUAGCCAAUCUAGUCUUUAUUCUCUCAUGUUGACAUUGACAUUGUUUUUUGGUGAACACAUUGAUGUGAAACAGUUAAAAUUGUUUUAAUUUUGUAUCUUUUUCUGUCUUUCUAAUCAUGCAUUUCUUUUUUGAUUGUUUUUAAGUUCUUUGAUAUUUGUAUAAUUUGUUAUAUAUAAUUAAAGGCAGUAUAUUUGAA